GUGGUCGCUCACAACUGUUUUGUGAUGCAUGGCUGCUAUAGUUGCAGUUAAUUGAGUUUCCUUUGUGUUGAGGUAUUUCUAAAAGUGUGUUUGUGGAGUGGUGGGGAGAGUCUCUGACUUGUGAAAGAUGCCAGCCCCUUAGUACUUUUUAGAUUUUAAUCUCCCCCCACCCCUUUGGAAAGAAAAGUUUUCUUAAUUUCUUAAUCAGCUUCUGAUUAUACCUUUGUACACCGUCUAAGGCAAAAUAAGCACAACUCAAGGCUUCCACAAGUGUUUAAAUAUGUGGUUCAUUUCACAUUAGAGAACGCUUGAUUUGUUUUUCUUUGGUUUGAAGCGGAGGAGGGUGCUGGAUUGAAGUGGGCGGGGCUGUGACAUCCUUGCUUCUGUUGCUGUAGAGUGAACUCCACCCGUAUAAAAGCACAUGAGCUCAAAUUCAGACUUUUCAUUUAUACGUAUAAUGUCUCAUCUUCCUCCUGUAAAAUGUAUUUUUUUUUAUGUAUGUAUAUUUGGCUUUACAUUUCAAUGUGCCACAUUUCACUGACUUUAACAGCUGCAGUGAGGUGCGAAUGACAAAGUGAUCAUUAUUAAGUGUCCAAAGCCCAUUUUAGUGAUGACUAGUGAAUAAAUGUUAUAUAAGAGUAGUCAUUCAGUGUUUAGCAAAUUUUCACAUUAACUGUGUAUUGUUCGUCUGAUUUGUAGCAUAAACUGUUUAUAAAAGUAGGACAUGACCAGUAACUCCCUGAGAAGCCUCAACUCUAGCGUUUUAGCCAUGACCACUAGUAACCCUGUUUAGCACCUUGGUUCACUCACAGACUGAAGCUGGUUAUUAGUGCCAAAUAAUGUAAAAUACUAGUACUUUACUCAUAGAAAUUUGAGAAACUUCUUGGACGUGCUGUUAGUAAAAUGAACUACAUAGCGCAGGCCAUGUUGUUUUAAUUCCAUGAAAACGGACCAACGCCUCAAACACAUUUCACUGUCAAAUUAGCAGAGGAGAGGGCUAGCACACAGCUACAGUCUCUGUUGGCAUAAAUAUAAAAACUUUCAAUCUUUAAAAAAGUGUAAACGUGAGUUUUUAAGGAGAAGACACACUGUUAGGUUUUUGACAUUGUCCCCUUACAGCAACAAGGUCCUGGGUUUGAAUCCAGCCUGGAGCCUUUCUCCCUGUGUCCGUAUGACCUUCCUUGGGGGUACUCCAGCUUCCUCCCAUAUUCCAAACACAUGCAUGUGGUUAGGUUACUUUGUGGUUCUAAACUGGUGACCUGUCCAGGGUGUACCCUGCAUCUCACCCCUUGACAGCUGGGAUGGGCUCCAGCACCCCUGCAACCCUGAAUCGGAUAAGCAGAAGAAAAUGGAAAAACAUGUUGAAAUUAAAACUACUUCUGCUCAGAAGUUUGACAUCCCAGCACGACAGUCAAGAGGGUUUGAUUUCCCCAGGGGCUUUUGGAGGGAGCCUCAGGCGGCCAGUGGAGGAACUGCUGUUUACUGCUGGUUUGGAGUGCUCUGUUCAAAUGGAUCGUCACAUUUUUCUAUUGGCCUGUUUCUGUCCACCUUAACCGGUCUGAUUGGGAAUGAUCAGCAAUUGUUUACUUGUGCUUCAGUGUGGUAAAACCCUCUAUUUAUUCUGUCUAGAGCUCUGCAUUUACCCUUUCCACCUUUACAAGUAUUGUUUUCCUUCGUAGUGGAGGAAAAAACAAGUAUCCAUGUCACGAACAGGUCCUUCUGUUUGCAAUCAGAGGUGCAACACAUCUGAGUGUCAGUGAUGAUUCAAGAUCACAUUGAUUCAUCAGUGCCUGAAAGCUCAAUUUGCUGCAUACCUUGGAGGGAUACAGGAAAUGAGUCACUGAGGGAGUGAUUUUUUUUUUACCCAAGACCUAAUAACAGUUUGGUGGUUGUUUGCUCCUGUUGUCAUGGAAAUGCUGCUGUCACUCGUAUUUGAAUAAUGAUGAGUUUUGAUGAAGCGGUUGUUGAAGUUUCGAAUUUUUACACAGUGCAGACAAUUUCAAGCUAACACUUUGUAAUCUUAACACACGUGUGUAUAUCCAGUUUAUAUCCAUGUCAGCGGAUGUGCUUGGAACACCCCGACAUCUCCUUUUCCCCUCCUCACUAGAAGCCCACACGGACUGCUAAAUCACCACCUGCUGAUGCCUCAUAACAAUAAGACGGGGGGCCGGGGGAAACCAACUGAGGCUGUUGUGCUCAUAUGAACAGUUGCUUGAUUCCGUGUUAGUUACAGCUGCCUUUAAUUUCCAAGGAAAUAGCAAAGACAACAGUUUAUUGCUCUGCUAUCACAAUCCUUACGACACACCAUGAGCGAUCUGAUUAGAUUUGAUCAACUGCGCUUCCAAAGUGAAGAUGACUGUGAAGGUGAGGUGCUGUGUUUGAAGAUCAAAACCCAUUUGGAGGAGCUCUUCUCUGACAGCCACCUGGCAGAGGACGGCUUCCUGCUCAAACAUGUGCAGAAGAACAAGCAGGGUUUCGUCAGUCUCAAGCUUCUCACUUCUUUGAAAAAGAUAAGGACCCUGACCAAAAACUGGUACAUGACUCUGGUGGGAGCAUUGUACUCAGACCUUCUGGAGGUGAAUGAUGAGUCCACCAAAGUGAGGCGCAUAGAGCCGCUUCCCAAAUGGCUGAUGUGUUCCCCCACCAGCAAGCACCUCCUCGCUUGGAACUUUUCCGAGGAGCAAAGCAGUGACGACGGUGCAGCCCGAGGCCUAGAGCCCGCUGCGCUCUCAGAGAAUGUGCUCCAAAAGUUCAGCAUUUACGGCAGAGUUACUUCACUCCAGAUUCUGCCACCUGGAAGGGAGCUUCCCGCAGAUAUGCAGUGCUACGGGAAACGUCACAAGGAGCUUGGCCAGCACUUAUGUGUGGUGAUCAAGUUUGACAGUUUGGAGACUGUUCGUAAGGCCUACAGUGCCCUGAAAGCAGAAGAGGAGAAGUCUAACGGGAAAGGCAUGUGUGUUGUACCUAUGGGAUUCCAGUCAAUGCAUCAUUUCACUGAGGACGAAUCCCCAGAAGAAGCAAGCCAAAUCCUUCCCGAGGAGGAAAAUCCACCUGAAAUCCCAGAGAACUUAGUCCAGCAGGAGAAUUCUUCACCCACUGCGUUUUUUGAUGAACCUCCAGACACACAUCAGCCAAACGCAUCCACGGAUAACCCUGCACCGCUGAAUGUUGACCCGAUUUCCAGCAGCUGCAAUGGCCAGUCCUUCCCUGGUUGGAAUCAUAGUGACAGUAGGAUGACGUGGAACUCUGGAGACUGUGAUAAAGAAAUUUCCCAGAGCCCGUGGGUGCUCAAGCGUAAACUAGCGGCCCUUGAAUUGAACCGCAAAGAGACCGGGCACCCGAAUGCACCCAGCUCGAUUCAGAGGGUAAUACGUCAGCCCUUUGGCCCUGAUGGCACCAGUGGUUUUCAGCUCAGAGUGAGGCACCGGGAACAGCUCGACCUCCCUCGGAAAAAGUGACAUUAACAGAUUUAUUUAAAAAAAUGUUUGAAUUAAAAGCUGAGAAGCAAAAAUAUUUGCUUUGCAAUAAACAGCACACGCUCUUUAAAUGUUUGCAUCUUGAUUGUUAAGACCUUG